CCUGUGUUGUUGACCUGUCAGCGUUGUAGUACAAGCUGUCACUGCUGAUAAUUUGUCUGUCCUUCUGCUAGUUGCAGCUUUUCUCCAGCCACACAGCAAGUACCGGGGCGUCGGACACACAGGGUAGUUCGUACUAAACUAUUCUUAGCGGUGUCAGCUACCUGACGAGCUAACGGCUAAAGUUAGCCAACAGGUUGACAGCUAGCCUGCUAGCUAGCUAGCUAGCUAGCAUUCGACGGUAGCUAGCAGCGUUAGCCAGCUUUCUUGCAGUACGCCAGCUAGGCUGCUGGCAAUACGAGGGGAGGAAGCCGCCCACUACUUCAAAGCAGCAUUCCGGACAAAAGAGUGAACAAUGGAGGCCCAAAGCUCCAGCGGGCUGUUGCUGUCCAGGAAGAGAAGAAGAGACGGCUCCAAUGGGGAGACCGAGGACGGAGAGAGACUUGGGAAAAUCCCCAGAUGCACUGUGGGAUUGAAGCACCCUGCACCUUUCGCAGAUGAGCUGGUGCCAGCCGAUAGUAAACCCUAUGAGAGAGUCAGCAUGGAUGAGGCCAAGAGGGGCACACCACCUGACAGACCAGUGCGGGUUUAUGCAGAUGGCAUCUUUGAUGUUUUCCACUCAGGUCACGCCAGAGCUCUCAUGCAGGCUAAAUGUCUCUUCCCAAAUACACACCUCAUUGUUGGAGUGUGCAGUGAUGACCUGACCCACAAAUACAAGGGCUUCACAGUGAUGAAUGAGGAUGAGCGAUACGAUGCUGUCAGACAUUGUCGCUACGUGGAUGAAAUAGUGCGAAAUGCUCCGUGGACGUUAACGCCAGAGUUCCUCGCAAAACAUCGUAUUGACUUUGUGGCCCAUGAUGACAUCCCAUACUCCUCAGCAGGCAGUGAUGACGUGUACAAGCACAUUAAAGAAGCCGGUAUGUUUGCUCCCACCCAGCGGACGGAGGGCAUCUCCACCUCUGACAUCAUCACUCGCAUCGUCCGCGACUACGAUGUCUACGUCAGACGCAACCUGCAGAGAGGAUACACGGCCAAGGAACUUAACGUCAGCUUCAUCAAUGAGAAGAAGUACCACCUGCAGGAGCGUGUGGACAAGGUGAAGAGGAAGGUACGUGACGUUGAGGAGAAGAGCAAGGAGUUUGUCCAGAAGGUGGAGGAGAAGAGCAUUGACCUCAUCCAGAAAUGGGAGGAGAAAUCCAGGGAGUUCAUCGGCAACUUCUUGCAGAUGUUCGGCCCUGAGGGAGCUCUGAAACACAUGCUGAAGGAAGGAAAAGGCCGCAUGCUGCAGGCCAUCAGCCCCAGACAGAGCCCCAACAGCAGCCCCACCCGGGAGGAGCGCUCGCCCUCUCCCACCUUCCGUCUCCCCUUCUUCUCCAAGACCUCCCCGCCUCCCUCGCCUCCCCCCCACCACAGCGGAGCCCGCGGAUACCUCAUCAGCGAGGACGACGAUGAAGACGACGACGAAAACUAGACGGAGCUUGAAUCUGUCGGGUCACAGUCAGUGCUACCAGCUAGCUGAGCUGUUGAGUAGCGUGGCUUUCAUCGAGCUCCUGCUUCAGAUUUUUUAUUUUCUUUCUGUUCGUGGUUUUACUCCGACCUUUAGCCCUUCAGCGUUACCGUAACUGUAACAACCAGGUUCUCCACAGCUCUGUUUUUAUCAGCCAACUUUCAUCCUUUUUGUUUCCGUGUAAAGGUCAGUAAAGGUUAGCACUAGCCACCCGAGUUCUUUGAACAUUAGUUCCAUUUACCUCCGUCACUUUUUCAUGUUUUUUUGAGUUUAUUAGUCACUCACUGUCACUUGAGAAUAUUUUCAAUUGUUACUCUUGGUGCACUCUUGCAUCUGUGAUGGUGUUCUUAAGGUUGGCAUCGUUGUGUAGUAGGAGUUUUUAUUUUUGUCUUGGCUUUAGCGGGAGAAUUCGCAGGAUUUUGGUCACUUGUUGGAACUGCGCUUGUAGUUUUGAUGUGGGAGAGGCGAGCUGAGGAAUCAUGGAGACUGUUGAAUAACUCUGGGGGGACGUUUGUCAGAACAGAUCAGGAAACCGAACUAUGGCGGAGCAGUUUGUAUUCUGCUCGUACUAACAAACCUUGUUUUUCUUUUUUGUAAUAACAGGGAAAUUCCAGAUUAUAUCCAGUCUGAGUUGAAUGUGAGAGUAGAUGUGUUUGUCUACUAAACAGCAGCCUUUUCCUGAGUUUGUCUGCCUGCAUCGGGGCUACGCCCGUCUGUAUAUGUGCAUGCAGCGUUUGUGUGUGCAAGCUCUUAAGUCAGCAUGUUUGAAAUGUCUUCUGUCAACAUUUUCCAUCUGUUGACGGAUCUGGGUUCAGCUUUGACUUUACUGCAUAAUAAUAAAUUGGUUUUAAUUUGUCUGCUGACGAGAAUCAGUCUUUGGAAGACUAAUUUCAAACUAGACGCCUUUCAGUGGCGUAAAUGAGCGAAUGACCCGUUUAAAUGUUGAUGUCGAAAUACUUAUUUUUGUAGGUCUUCAUCCCAGUGCUUUCUCAGUCUUAGCAGAGAAUCAACAUUAGCAAGGCUGGACUUACUUUAUUUUUCUUUAUUUGUAAUGCAGAUCUGGGCCUGUAGGGAACUACUAUUUUUUAUUUCAUAUGACACAUGAUGAUAAUAAAACACUUUAAUCUAUCCCAGAACAUCAGAGAAAUGUCAAAAUGCCCUUCUCACAGCAAAGUGUUCAGUUGGAGUCACAAGCACAAAAUAGGUUUCUUUUGGGUAGCACACUUACACGGUGAAACACACAAGUCCCUCCCUUAAAGACAGGACUUCCACUAAAGCAAACUGCACUCACAGCCUGCAUUAAUCAGUUUAGAGUUGUGUUUGGACUAAUACUAACUCCAGAUCAACAUUUAUGUAGCUACCUCCUUCCCUGAACUGAUUCUGUUUCCUACGAUGAGCACAAAGUAUGAUGACUAUGUCUUUCUUUUCUGAACAGAGCCAUUGUUACAGCACUGAAGUAAUGUGACUUGGUCGAAAAUUUGACAUUUUCCAGUCUGUGUGCACGUGUGUGUGUGUGUGCGUGUGUGUGUAUCCUGCAUCUCCAGUGAUAAAGCAUGUGUUGUGUCUCCUCUGUAACCGAAAACAUCACAGGUGACCUGAAGAUGUAAUGCAAUACAGUCAGAUAAUAUAAAUGUUAACAGAUGUCGGAUUGCUCUGUUCUGGGCUUGGUUUCCCAAAAGCACUUAUGGUUUCAGUCAGUAACAACGCCUGCCUCUAUUCUUGUCAGAUUUAAUGGUUUGGGGAAAAUGACUGCAAAGGACUCCUACAGUUAUUAAACCCUGCUUUUGAUAUUGAAAGUACUGAACCAGUAUCGUUUGCUGAGGAAAUCCAGCCUACAUUUUGGUGCUAAGAUACUUUCGGGAAGCCUCGCCUUCAUUCUUGUGGAAUCUUUUCUUUUAAGUCGGUGUGAACUUGUCAGUAAGUGCAUGUCCACGUUCAAGAGCUCAAGGUGGCAAAGGCUCCAGUGGCAGGCCAAUAACAGCCACUACUACUAAGAGGCAUACAAAUGUAAAUGUUUUAACAGCAGUCGUUUUAAUCAUGUAUUAUUUUACUGUUUUUGGGUUGUUUUUGUUUUACGUCCUGGGUGUAGAGGAAGAGCAAGACAGGAAAGAUGUAUUAAAAUGUGUUGGCCAAAGCA